UGUGACCCAGGCACUGUGUCGAUUGAGUACAACGACGAACGUGUUGCAGCAGCCGAGCCUCCUGCCGCAGCAGGCUCGCGAGGCGGCCUCCAGGCUAGUGAACCCGCAUUUGACCGACCCAGCGGCGGCGCCCCCCGUCCCACCCCUCAAGCCCACCAUCAUUCCACCGUCCCCUCCGUCUGGCCACAGCCUGCCCCCUCAAGUGCUGACAUUCGCCCGUCCACAGCCUUGACAGACACCCCUCCCUAG